CCGAGUUCCCCCACCGCAAAUCCCAAAAUCGGCAGGUGUGUUCCCGUGUUCUCGUGACGUCACAGAUCCCGACGCGCAGUAAUACACGGCAUCCUCCUCGGUUUCUCAAGCGGUUGCUCGAUACCCCUCUCUCCCGCCCCCCCGGCCCCACCAAAAAAACCACUCGAUUUCGCCGGGAACGCUGUCCCAUGCGUGUGUAAAUCCCUCGGUACCUCUGUAUUAGUGGAUUCUGCGCCUCUCACCGGUGGAACUGCUUUCGAUUGUUGGCGGGCCCCGCCAUCUUGCUUUCAGUGAGCUAGCGAGCGGCAGUAAGAGAAGCCGUCCGUUGUAAUCCACAUUCGACAAACCGUUUUAAGGGACACACACGUAAGCCCCUCCCCACCUAAACUCAAAACUCAUAACUCCCAAAAAAAAGAAGGCAAAAACGUACAACAAUAAGGAAUUAAAAAAAAAGGAAUCACGCAUCGCAUUCAGUUGAUCCCGAAAAAUUGUCAUUGAAUUAUCCCUUGUAAUUUGUCAAGUAAAAUCUCACAAAUAAAUUAUUAAAUCACGUUUUAUCUGGGGGGCAUUGGGUCGAGGAGUUAAUCCAAUAAUCCGGGGAUUGAGUGAAUUAUCGAUAUUCGAGUUUGCAACCAGAAUUUAACGAGUAUCUAACUGAAAGUUCUCUUUUAUUUCAAUCAACGAUUAAUAUCGAGCCAGGAUGUCAGAGCGGGAGGACAACGUCUACAAGGCGAAGCUUGCUGAGCAGGCCGAGCGCUACGAUGAGAUGGUCGAGGCGAUGAAGAAGGUGGCAUCCCUGGACGUUGAGUUGACCGUUGAGGAGAGAAAUCUACUCUCGGUUGCAUACAAAAAUGUCAUUGGAGCGAGGAGAGCAUCAUGGCGAAUAAUAUCCAGUAUCGAGCAGAAGGAGGAGAACAAGGGUGCUGAGGAUAAACUCGAGAUGAUACGCCAGUACAGAUCUCAAGUUGAGAAAGAACUCAGGGACAUUUGUGCGGACAUACUUGAUGUACUUGACAAACAUCUGAUUCCCUGUGCAUCCACGGGCGAAUCCAAAGUCUUCUAUUACAAAAUGAAGGGUGAUUAUCACCGCUACCUAGCCGAGUUUGCAAUUGGCACAGACAGGAAAGAAGCAGCUGAGAAGUCUUUAAUAGCAUACAAAGAAGCCAGCGAAAUUGCAAUGACAGAAUUACCACCAACUCAUCCAAUUCGUCUAGGAUUAGCCCUUAACUUUUCUGUAUUUUAUUACGAGAUACUCAAUAGUCCAGACCGAGCGUGUCGUCUGGCAAAGGCAGCAUUCGACGAUGCUAUUGCCGAGUUGGAUACAUUAUCUGAGGAGAGUUACAAAGAUUCAACCCUAAUCAUGCAAUUACUCAGGGACAACCUCACUUUAUGGACAUCCGAUAUGCAGGGUGACGGUGAAGGUGAACAGAAAGAACCAACGCAGGAUGUGGAAGAUCAGGAUGUAUCGUAACUCUAGUUUCAGUGAGUGUUAAUUGCGCAUACAAUUGAGACACACAAGGAGAAAAGAAGAAGAAAACAACAACAAACAAAAAAAACUCUUAAUAACUUUUAAGCAAGAAAUAAAUAAAGUAAAUAAAGAAUAAAAAAACCAACAAAAAAAUUCAAAAAGCAACAAAAAAUGGGGGUGGGAGGUCGGGGAAAUUGAGAUAAUUGAGGGGGAAAACGAGAGGGGGGAGAGAACAAUGGUAGAGACGAUUGAUAAGUAAAUAAUGGAUUAAUGAGGGGAGAGGUAUCUUUGGCGAUUGCGUGGAAAAAUGCGAUUAUUGAAGUCUCGUUUGUAAAAUGACUCACAUUAAGGCAAAAGGGUAAGUCGAUCAUUUUUUCUUCGUUUUGUCUUACGUAAAAUUAAUGAAGUAAAAGCACAUUGGAAAUUGUUCAAUGAUGAAAUAACUGUCAAUGUUGAUAAAAAAAAUACUGGUGAUUUUUUUGAAUGAAUUAUUUCGUUGGCAUUGGCACGUUAUAGAUUAUAAUUCGCGAGAUUCAAGUGCCCUCCCUUCGAUUAUUAUAUUCAUUGGUUUCAUCCCCUCCUCUCACUCACUCAUGAUAACACAAUCAAAUUUAUUUGGAGUUCAUCACAACUGAGAGACGCAGUUGUUUUCCAAUGAAUGAAAUUUGUGGUUUAAUGAUAAAACGUAAUGAGGGAAAUUUGUCAUUUUAUUGUUGAUGGGGAUUUUCUUGGGAAUGAGUUGAUUUAGGGGAAAAUGUCUUGACAUUUUCCUCUAAAUUCUCUAUUUUUCGAGAUGAAUCAGCUUUCAAUUUUAAAAAAUGUUGCAUGUAUCGUUUUAAAAAUUGUGCAUUUAUUCCACUAAUGAGUGGUUUUAUAGAAAAUUUCGAGAGAAAAAGUGUCUUGAUGUUUUCUUUCCUAAAUCCACUCCUCAUCAAGAUGAUUGUAAUGCAUGUAACAAAAUGUGAAAAAUCGACUUGUUCUUUUUUAUCUGUUACGUUUUACCACUUAACUCCUGCAAUUGAUUAAAAGAAAUUUAAAAACCAAAAUUCAUAGUUGAAACGUCGAGGAAAGCAAAGGCACAAAAACCAUUAACGAGAAUUUAAUUGAGAGAAACGUAAAAAAUUGAAAAAAUUUAAGUACGAAAGUAGUUUAAGGAUCUCGAAGAAAAAAAAACCCAUUGCAAUAAAUAAGCAAUCUCGUCGGUAUUCGUUAGCUUAGCACCUGUAAUCAAUGAAAAAGAAAUGAGAAUUAAUAAAAACGUAAGAUUAAAUAGAGCUUGCUACGGGGCAAUCUCUCCGUUUAACCGCGUCUGCCUGAUUACGGAGAAAUUAAAAUUAAUGAAUUUGUGAAUAAUUCAUUGGAAAGGGUUUAUUUAAUUACUUAGAACCAAGACUUCAACGAAAGAAAAGAAAAAUAAAAACAAUUUUAAAUAAAUGAAAGAGAAAAUUAAACACCGAUUAAACCGAUUUUUUUUGUCUAUUAUUUAGCGAUGAAAAUUUAUAUAAUUUUCCUUGCUUCGAUUAUAAAACAAAUGUAUAAAAUAUUAAACAAUUUUUUCAUUUA